UUCAUAGUUUCUCCUCGCUCGACGUACGGGGAAGUGUACUAUGCGUUUGAGCGUUGUUUUAUGACGUUUAGUGUGUUUUUUACUGUGAAUAAUGUGAUUGUGUAGUUCGUUAUGGCAUUUAGAUAUCGCGAAGAUUUAGUCGGCAAACGAUUUCUAUCUGUGAGUGGUGUAACAAAAAUAAACGUGAAUAAAGUUUGCGAAUGGGGAUGGAAAGCUGGUGUUAUCAGAGCAGCUUCUCAUAAAGAUAACAAGAAUAGAGAACUCCAGGUUUUAGUGGAAUAUGAUGGGGUUGACUGGCAACGUCGGGAAUGGGUAGCUGUUUACUCGCGUAGGACGUUUCGUGUGUUUUUAGUUGAAAGAACUUUAGUGUGGGCGCCUAGAAAGGUAGAGAAUAAAGAAGUUAAAUGGCCAGCAUUGACAUUUACUCCGUUGACUGCGGAAGUAAUUUUGCAAGCUGACGCACAGCCUGUAGAGUUUUUACAUGACAAGGAGCUGCAAUAUCUUGAUUAUGCAAAUCUGCAACCGUACCAGGAUUGGGACCCUCGUUUGGCGGGUUCGGAGGCGGGGGUGGACUCCACAACGCUGUCAGCUCUGUCGAGCGAGGCGGCUGAGUGGCGAACAAUUCAGGAUGGGCAGAGGAUCCUGACCACGACACCCUCCGUGCUUGGAGGAUGUCGAGCCCAGGUGUAUAGAGUCGCUGGCGCCACCCAGUGGUAUACCGCCGUCAUUGUGGGCGUCAACGAGCAUACAGGCGAGCUGACUGUUACUGAUGAUACGGUUCUUGAAGAACACAGUGAAGAUCCGUCAUUGGUUCAGAUGAGGCUUCUCGGCGAUGGAGUUAUUGAAUCCAUUAUGCGGGGAGAAGUCGUGGGAGUAAUGCCUAGACGAUCUCGUUCCAAUCUUCAAAGAGUGGAGCGAGAAGCGACAAAGAGUCCAGCAACUACUGGUGGUCGAAAAAAAGCAGCUGUGAGGAACAACGGACAGAUAAACCCCACGGAACCCACUCCGCCCCAACCAGCAGGUACAUCGCCUGAGCUGGAACCAGUAGAGAGUAAUAAAAAAGGUGCCGCAAAAAGUGUGAGUGCAAGUGAUGUGGUCGAAGUCAGUGAGGAGAAGUGCGUAACGUCCGAAGUGAAGGAGAAUAGUGAAGUGAAGAGUGAAGUGAGUGUGGGCGCGGAUGUUGCCAGCGCCGUGGCCUCCGAGGAGGACGAUUGUGUGAUAGUGAGCGCGCGCGAUGCGGACGAUCGUUCCGAUUCCGGCGUGAGCGGCGUGCGGUCGGGAGGCUCGGCGAGUUCGGUGGAGGAGUGGCGAGGUAUGGCGCAUGGGUACGGCGGGGGCCCGCCUCCGCCCCUGAUGCACCUGCCGCCGCCGCCGCCCGCGCUCUACGGCGGCGAGCUGCUGUGGAAGCAGCGCUAUCAGCCGCCGCUGCACGCGCCCUUGCACCAUGCGAUCACGGACGACUAUCUCGCGGUCGCCAACUUUGAUAGAGAGAGACAUGAAAGACUGUUACGGGAACGAAGGGAACAGGAUCAGAGGGAUUUACUUGAGAAACAACAAAAGGAGAAGGAAAGAGAACGGAUAGAAAGGGAGAGAGAACGUGAGCGGGAGAGGGAGAAACAGGAACGAGAGGAAAAAGAGAGGAGAGAACAAGAAAAUGCGGCGUCGAAAUUAGUAUCGAGGCAUUUUGAAGAAUCACUCAGGCUUGCUAAUCAGAAGCGAGAACGCAGUAUGUCGUGGUCGCUUCUGAAUAACAUAGCACCAAAUCGUGGAGGAGGACCGGAACAUGAUAGGCUGCGAGCCCAAGAGCGCGCGUAUUACUCACCGCCCUCGCAUCCACCGGACAGGCUUUCGCAGGCUGAAUAUGCACAUGCCCAGCACGCCUCCCAUGCACCCCAUGCUCCACAUUCGCAGCAUACCCCUAGACAUCCUCUAGCAAAACCGGACAAACCUCCGCCGCAUUCUGUCUUACCUAAGGGAGAACCUAAUUUCGCCUCCUAUAACUACCCUCCUUAUCGUUACGAUAAACUUAAAGAUCCGCACUUACCGGCGCCUCCUCCCCUUGUGCCCGAAAAAAAUUCUGUGAUAGUCAAACACGACGCCAAACAGAUCCACCUAGAGCAAAAGCAUCCCUAUCCAAGUAAGCCAAGAAGUGAGCCGCCCCCGCACUACCUCUCGCGGCCAUACCGGACCGGCCUCUCGCCGCACGCGCCCCCACAUCCGCAUCCGGCUUUGCAAACAUCGCCUCACGCGGCUCUUCCUGCUCAGGAUAAAAACCGUCGCUUAUAUCAACCCCCUCCGCCACAGCGGUCACCCGCUGCUUACUAUCAAACCGCCCCACCCGUUAAACCCAAAGUUUCAAGUCCCGCGCCACCUCAUAUUUAUGGCAAACCCAGUAAUUCACCUAGCCCGGCUCACUUUGGUGUAGCGGGUGAACCGCCGCUGCCAAGUCCCGCACCGGAGCCAUUAAUAGCAGCAGCAGCGAGCGUGGGAAGAACUCCUUUGGGCUCUGAACCUGCACCGCAAGCGCCAGGUCCUCCCUGUGAUGUCAGAGUUCCUUCUGCUGACGGUAGCAUAGAAACACCAGAGAAGGCGGCUGGUGCUUCACCGGCACCUCAAAUAACGCCAUCGGCGAGUCCAGCACCUGUUACGACGCCAGUACCACAGAUAGCCUCAUCACCCCCAAUUAGCGUAGCACCGCCCACAACGUCGACACCCCCUGCUCCACCGGCGACGCCUCCAGUAACGACCGUCGCUGAUAGUGAAACACCAGCUAAAAUAGCUUCUCCUAGUCCUCGAGAUGGUGCAGCACCUGUUCGACAUCUAGGAAAGAAAGCUUGGCUCCAGAGACACGAAACUGCUCCCAUCGGUGAGGGCGACUGCUCGGGUGGUGGCGGAACUUGCAUAACCCUGCCUAUGACCAUAAGCCGCAUGUCAGAACCUGACGAUUCUAGCUCAAAUAUUGUCGUGCCAGUCGCGGCGAAAUCAAUUCAAAGAGGAGUGAGAAAAACAUCAAAACCCAGAAAGCCAAAGGAAGUCAACGGUCGAGUCGACGACGCCGAAGAAGAUAGUUCUAGUUCAGAUAGAGAGCCGAGUUCUCCGCCUAAGCGGAAGCCUCCCAAGGCGAAGCGGAAAAAAGGGGCGGUCAAAAAAGUGAACGACGAACCUAAGAAAAAGAAAGCGUCCGAAAGUGGUAGUGAAAGUGAUAAAGAGAGCGACGACAAAGACUCUGAUUCAGGUGGUAGUGGCAGUGGCAGUGGGAGCACAUCCAGCAAGCGCGGAGGAAGCAGGGCUCGAGGGAGAGGAUCCCGCGGGGGAGGGCGCGGCGGGCGGCGGAGGGAGGAUCCCCCGCGGAGGACACCCUCCACCGCGCGGCCGAAGACGAGCACGGAAUCGUUCCUGCAGAACGGGCCGUGUUUCGAAGUAGCCCCGCGCCUCGCCAAGUGCCGCGAGUGCCGGUGGUCGCCUGCUCAACGCGACAAAGAUAUGCCGAACAUAUUUUGCCGCUUCUACGCUUUUCGAAGACUGAAAUACGCAAAGAAUAGACAAUUAGCUAUAGCCGGAUUUUCCGAUCCGUAUAAGGAUGCAGAAGAGGAGGAUAAUAAACUAUGGUUGUCAUCGUCAGCGGGUGCCGCUGAAUUAGACAUAGAAAUGAGUUGCUUCUUACUGAGAGAGAUUGGAGACCAAUUCUGUGAAUUGUUACAACAAGAAAAAGAGGCAGAAUCACAUCAUUUAAAUGAAGAUAAGACGAUAGCAUGGAAACGAGUUGUCCAAGGCGUGCGGGAGAUAUGCGACGUUUGUGAAACAACGUUGUUUAACUUCCACUGGACCUGCGGCAAAUGUGGUUUUGUUGUCUGCCUCGAUUGCUAUAAGUCAAGAGCCUCGGGCGAAUCUGGUGGAAGUCCAGCUAGUGAUACCAAUAAUUCAACCAAUGCAGCCACGAAUGGCGAAAGAGAUUCAUUCGGGUGGCUGACGUGCACGUCGGGCGGCGCGCACCCGCUGCGGCGGCUGCUGCUGACGCAGAUCGCGGCGGGCGGCGCGCUGGCGGCGGCGGCGGCGCGGGCGCACCGCGCGCGGGCCGCCUUCAGCCUGCCGCCGUGCGCGUGCGGCCUGCCCGCCGCCGCGCCGCCGCACCAGCGCGCCGCCGCGCGCCGCCUGCUGCAACAGGCGCUGCAGAAGAAUAUCAAAAAAGAGGAUGUAAAAGAAGAGAACAGCCCCACCAACGGCUCGUCCCCAGUGAAAUCCGAGAACGGCAAGACCGGCAGUUCUAUAGUCAGCUGGCUCUCCGACAUGCCUCUCAAAACGGAAACCAAAACUGAGAAAUCGGACUCGAGUUCAUCAGAUUCGGAGGAGAGUGGAAACUUCUCGACGUUGCGUGAGCUGCUGAUACGGCCCGCGCCGGAGGGCGGCGAGGCGCAGCCGAAGAAGAAACAAAAGAAGAACAAGAGCGACCUGCUCGAUGACGUCAUAUCCAGCGUCAUAGACGAGAAAAAGGAUGACGACGCGGAAGUGAAGCCCUUCGCGCUGUCCAACGUUGUGAAGAGGUACGAGCGCGGGCGCGGCCGGGAGGAGCUGCCCGUGCGCAUCAUGACGCUCACCGAGUCCAAGGUGCUGUACCCGGACGUGCCGCACUCGUGGCUCUGCGACGGGAAACUGUUGCACCUGACCGACCCCACUCACCCCGGGAACUAUAAACCGUUCCAGGAUCAAUGGAAACGUGGUCAACCAGUCCUCGUAUCGGACGUGUCCAGUCUGCUCGAUAAAGAUCUGUGGUCGCCUGAGAGUUUCUCAAGAGACUUCGGUGACACCAGAGUGGAUCUAGUGAACUGCGCGUCCGGCUUGGUGGUCCCCAACCAACCCGGGAAGAAAUUCUGGGACGGCUUCGAGCUAGUCGCCAAGAGACUACGCGACGAAAGGGGUGCUCCAAUGGUGCUCAAAGUGAAAGACUGGCCUCCCGGAGAAGACUUCGCCGAACUGUUGCCGACACGAUUCGACGACCUCAUGCGCGUGCUGCCGCUCAGCGAGUACACGUCGCGCAACGGCAAGCUCAACCUGGCCGCGAGGCUGCCGGACUGCUUCGUGCGGCCCGACCUCGGGCCCAAGAUGUACACGGCGUACGGCGGCGCCGGCGGCACCACCAACCUGCACCUGGACGUGAGCGACGCCGUCAACGUGAUGGUGCACGCGAGCGCGCCCGCCGACGCGCCCGAGCGCGCGCGCGAGGCGGCGCGCGCGGCCGAGGAGGCGGGCGUGGACGUGCUGUCGCGCAAGCGCGCGCGCGUCAAGCCGCCCGCCGCGCUGUGGCACAUCUACGCGGCGCGCGACGCGGACAAGAUCCGCGACUUCCUAGUCAGGGCCGAGGUGGAGCGCGGCGCGCGGCCGCGGCCGCAGCACGACCCCGUGCACGACCAGACGUGGUACCUGGACGCGGCGCUGCGCGAGCGCCUGUACCGCGAGUACGGCGUGGAGGGCUACGCCAUCCUGCAGUGCCCGGGCGACGCCGUGUUCGUGCCGGCGGGCGCGCCGCACCAGGUGCGCAACCUGCUCGACUGCAUCAAGGUGGCCGAGGACUUCGUGUCGCCGGAGAACGUGUCGCGCUGCUUCGAGCUGGCGCAGCAGUUCCGGCGGCUGUCGCGGCAGCACGCCAACAAGGAGGACAAGCUGCAGAUCAAGAACAUCGUGUACCACGCGGUGAAGGACUCGCUCUGCUGCCUCGAGGAGGCGCUCGCCGACGCCAAGUGAGGGCGCCUCGAGCCCCACGCAUUUGAUCUCAACUUCGAACGUAACAUUAAUCGUUAAGUUCCGCAUUUAACGUAAGAUUGGGAGCGAGUGUGAUACGCGCUGUGCGCCGUUUCGUGUAUGAGAUGCCAUUGAGCGUGGAGUGGAUAGUGUACCAGUUUUGUGUGUAAAUGUACUCGAAAUGUGAUUUAGUCCGACCACCGCGUUCGGAGCAUGUGCAAUGUAAAUUAGUCUGAAUAUGGUGAUAUUGUUGAGGUGUGGAUAUGUUUUAUGUUCCUUAAUCGAAAUACAAAUAAACUCUUCUGGUUAUUAAUACAGCUUAAUUGUAGCUAUAGUGAUAUGUAUGUAUUGUGUAAAUUUUUUAAUUCGAAUUCCAUCGAGUACAUAUUAAGAAGUCUUGUAAUUUUAAGUUAUUGUAUUGAAAUAAAAACGUAUUCGCUCGAAGCAUUGUACAUUAAACACGGCGUGUAGAUAAGUUUCUCCUAUAUUAGAUUUCUCAAUUCGGUUGGUAUGUUACAGAAUGAAUAGUUAAACAAAAUAUGUGACAAUUUUAUUUUGUCCUUAUUGCUGUAUUAGAUGAAAGCAAGUUUUUUUUUGUACUGUGUAUAUUAUGUAUGGUUAUAAGUUGGAAUAAAAAGAUGUUUAUAUUA